GGGAGGCGGCACGCGCCCCUGCUGCGCGCGCCGCGCGGCUGAGCGGGAACUUGCGUAACGCGCGGCGGCCGCGUCGCUGCUGCGCUUCCUCCCUCCGCCUCCCCGCCGGGGUCGCCGCUGCCGCCGCGCCGGCCGGGAGGGCGCGUUCCACCGCGACAGAGGCCGGGCGCGGUCCCCGCCGCCGCCGCGACGCCAUGAUGAGGCGGACGAAGCCCGAGGUGGAGCGCUACGUCGCCUCCUUGCAGGCCGCGGCGCCGUCCCCCAGAGAGAAAUCGAUGAAAGGAUUCCUCUUUGCUAAGCUGUAUUUUGAAAUUAAGGAAUAUGAACUUGCUAAAAGAUAUAUCUCUACAUACCUCAAUGUACAAGAGAGAGAUCCCAAAGCACACAGAUUUCUUGGGCAAAUUUAUGAAGCUGAGGAUAACAUAGAAAAAGCUUUUGGGUGUUACAAGCGUUCUGUGGAGUUGAACCCAACACAGAAAGAUCUUGUAUUGAAGAUUGCAGAGUUACUAUGCAAUAAUGACAUCACUGAUGGAAGAGCAAAAUAUUGGGUUGACAGAGCUGCUAAGCUCUUUCCUGGGAGCCCUGCUAUUUACAGGUUGAAGGAGCAGUUACUGGACUGUAAAGGUGAAGAUGGGUGGAAUCAGCUUUUUGACCUGAUUCAAGCAGAACUUUAUGCAAGACCAGAUGAUGUCUACAUAAACAUCAGACUAGUUGCGCUCUAUCGUUCAAAUAACAGAUUAAAGGAUGCUGUGCUCCACUGUCAGGAGGCAGAGAAGAGAAUACCUUUGCAGUCAAGCUUGGAAUGGUGUUCCUGUGUUGUAGAGACAUUUGAGGAAUAUCUGGAAUCUUUACAAGACUUGGAGUAUGAUAAAAAUAACUGGAGAACUAUCAAGAAAGAUCAUCUGCUGGCCUAUUCCAGCUUUGUCAAACUGACACUUUCUUCUAGAGAUGUUCAGGAAUGCAGAGAGGCACUUGAAAGUUUUGAUCGUGCACUUCAGUCAGUGAAACCAUAUGUGAGUGCGGCUGACGAGUUGUCUCGUACCUACGUGGAAAUGAGAGGACAGCUGUACAUGCAUGCUGGAGCUUUGCUGCUGAAGAUGGCCCAGGACAACGAGACACAGUGGAGAGCUAUGUGUGAACUAGCAGCACUGUGUUAUCUCCUGAGUUUUCAGGUUCCUAAACCAAAGUCAAAACUCAUAAAGGGGGAUCAAACCGGACAAGAUAUGCUAGAAAUGUUGGCCUGUGAUCGAAAAAGCCAGUCUGGUCAUAUGCUGCUGAAUUUAAGUCAUGGCAAGCAAGACUUCUUUAAAGAGAUUGUGGAAUCAUUUGCAAACAAGAAUGGCUCAUUUGCAUUGUUUGAUAGCCUGUUUGAGAGUGGAGCCUCUAGAGAGAGGUCUUUUAUUGGCACAGAUGAUAUUGGAAAUGUCAGUACACAAGCACCAGUGCAAAUAGAACUUCACAAAUACGAUAUUGGUGCCAUUCGAUUGCACAAUGGCAGUCUCCAGCACCUCGUGUGGCUUGGCUUGCAGUGGAACUCCAUGUCAGUCUUACCCCCCAUGCGCAAAUGGUUAAAACAGCUCUUCCACUUGCCCCAAGAAACAUCAAGACUUGAGACAGAUGCUCCUGAAUCUAUUUGCCUGUUAGACCUUGAAGUAUUCCUACUUGGGGUGAUAUUCACUAGCAACUUACAACUGCAAGAGAAGUUUAAUUCUCACUACAGUGCACAUCAGCCUCAAUUUUUACCAUUGCCAAUAUGCAAGCAACUCUAUACUGAAAAGCAAAGAUCCUGGUGGGAUGCUGUUCGUACUCUUCUUCAGAGAAAAUCAGUACCAGGAACAGCAGCAAAACUGAGGCUUAUUGUGCAGCAUGGCAUAAGUACUCUGCGAACACUGGACAAGCAUGGCCUUCAACCUGCCUUAAUCAUACACUGGGCAAAAAGCUUGCAGAAAACAGGAAUUAACCUUAACUCCUUCUAUGACCAGAAGGAAUAUAUUGGACGAAGUGUCUACUACUGGAAGAAAGUUCUGCCUAUGCUGGAAACUAUCAAAAAGAAGAGGAGUAUUUCUGAACCUACUGAUCCUCUCUUCAAACACUUCCAUAGUGUAGAUGUUCAGGUCUUUCAGGUUACAGCAUAUGAAGAAGAGGCACAGAUAGCAUUUGCUAUGUUGGAUGCAGUUGAUGGCAAAACUGAUGAUGCUUUAAUAGCAUUCGAAGCUAUUGAGAAUGUGGUGUCAUACUGGAAUCUUGCCAUGAUUUUCCAAAGAAAAGCAGAAGAAAUUGAAAAUGAUGUCAUGCUGCCAGAAGAACAUGAGGAACAUAAAACUUACCUUCUUAAAGCCAAGUAUUAUCUAAUGAAAAUUAUUGCAGAAAGCUCCUCAGAUAUGUCAGUUGCAGAGAAAUUACCAGUGUCUCUUGAAACUGUGAGAGAAGUGUUGGAUACGGUGAUCCAGGAACUUGGUGAGAACUGUGAAGAGGGAAGUCUUGCCUUCAGAAACGGUCUGUCACGAACUGUAGAUUCAGCAAUGAAACAUUCCACUCCAUCACCAACCAAGUUCUCUUUUUCACCAACUAAGACCUACAAGUUCUCUCCAAAAACUCCCCCUCAGUGGGCAGAAGACCAUAAAUCUAUACUUCAAAUGAUUUGUCAGCAAGUGGAAGCUUUGAAGAAUGAUUUGCAAGAAAUGAAACUUAAUAAUUCCAACACAAAUGCAUCUCAUCGGUGGCCUGCUGAAAACUAUGGAACUGAUGCAAUACCAGACAGUUAUCAGAGAGCACAAAAUCUUCAUGAAGCCCCUUUAACAGUUGCUACCACUGGCCCAUCUGUGUUCUACAGCCAGUCACCUGCCUAUAACUCUCAGUAUCUUCUGGGAACUGCUGCAACCAAUGUAACACCAGCAAAGCCUCCCGUCUAUGGCAUGAACCGACUUGCACCUCAGCCACAUAUAUAUUCCUAUCAGCCACCACCCAUGCAUACACCACCUCUGCAAAACACUUCUGGUUGUAUGUUUUCCCAAGAAAUGUAUGGCCCACCUCUGCGUUUUGAUUCUCCUGGUACUACACUCAUUUCUCCUCGUACAGCUGAUGACUAUUAUAACUACAGUGUUCCACAGGCAAGCACCAAUCCAACACUGCCUAAACCAGGGUAUUUCACAAACCGUUCAGCCACACCACCCACCUUAAAGCCUGCAGAACCAAAACCAAUGCCUAAAUUUGGACAGCCAGGAACAGCAGAAGGAUCAAAACCACCCAUGUCAACACCAGCACAGCCAAGUCAGCCGACAACUUUUAAGUUUAAACCCAACUUCAAAUCUAAUGAUGGAGACUUCACUUUUUCUUCUCCUCCUCAAGUUGCUCCACAGCCCCUUAAUGCACCUUUUAAUAGUAGAGAAAGCCUCUUGGAUCUUCUAACAUCUGACAAACCUUUACAGGAUGAUAGAUAUGUUGAUCAAAAGCCAGUUAGUGAUCCCACAAACAGUUCAAGAAAUAUUUUCAAUUUUAGCAAUAAACAUAUUCCAGGCAUGUCUCUCCGAGAUAACACAGGACAAAACGUACACAAAAAUGUGGGUUUUGAGAAGAGUGAUACAUUUAGUGCUCAAGAACCAAGUAAGCCUGUGUUUAUGGCUUCAAAUUCAGAUUUGGCCAAUAGAAGUCAUGAAACAGAAGGAGGAAGCACCCAUGGUGGAGAUGAGGAUGAUGAUGGUCCUCAUUUUGAUCCUGUAGUACCACUUCCUGAUAAGAUUGAAGUAAAGACAGGUGAGGAAGAUGAAGAAGAAUUCUUUUGCAACAGAGCUAAGCUCUUCCGUUUUGAUGCAGAAUCUAAAGAAUGGAAAGAAAGGGGUAUUGGAAAUGUGAAAAUACUGAAACAUAAAGUAUCUGGCAAAUUUCGUCUCUUAAUGAGACGGGACCAAGUGCUGAAAAUCUGUGCAAAUCACUACAUAAAUACUGAUAUGAAACUAACUCCAAAUGCUGCAUCAGAUAAGUCAUUUGUAUGGCAUGCUUUAGACUAUGCAGAUGAGUUGCCAAAACCAGAACAGCUUGCAAUUAGAUUUAAAACACCUGAAGAAGCAAUGCUUUUCAAAAAAAAGUUUGAGGAGGCACAGAAUAUUUUAAAAUCCUUGGGAUCAAAUGCUGACACAUCUGUGGCUCAGAGCAGUGGAACUGCAAAAGAAACAGCAAAUCAGGACAUCAAGGAGCCCAACAGAACCACUUCUGGGACCAUGAACUUGGGCUUUCAGUUUCUAAAAGAUGGAACAAGCAGUGAACCUGACAGCAAAGGCACCCUUACAGCUACAUCCACUGCAUCUAGCACUACCUUUUCAUUUGGGAAGGAUGCUCAGCAAGCCUGUUCUUCUGGUGGGUUUGGGCAGCAUCUCUUGAAGAAGGACCAAUGGAUGUGUAAAGUGUGUUUAGUUCCAAAUGAGGCAACUGUAAAGAACUGUGUAGCAUGUCAAAGUCCAAAUCCAGGUGUGUGGGAAACACAUGGCACUCCAAUGACUGGCUAUGCAAAUUUGAAACCAAGUGGUAACACAGUGCAGGACAAGUUUGGAUCUCCUUUUGCCAAAAAGGAAGGUCAGUGGGACUGCUCUGUAUGCUCAACCCGAAAUGAAGCAGAACAUGUGAACUGCUCUUCCUGUCAGAGUCCAAAACCUCAAAAUCAACCAAAUACAUCCAUACCUUCUGUUCUGGCAUCUGCUGGUCUGGAGCUUGGUUCCAUUGCUGAUUCAAGUAAGCCACAGAAAAAUGGGUUUGAAGGGCUUUUUGCUAAAAAGGAAGGUCAGUGGGAUUGUAGUACUUGUCUUGUGAGGAACGAAGGUUCUUCGCUAACCUGCGUAGCCUGCGAAACGCCGAAUCCAUCUGCUAAGCCAGCUGGCGAUGCUUUGCCAACUCCUGCUUUUGGCUUGAAAAGUAAAUUGCCUGAACUUGGUGGAGGACAGUUGGGAACAGGCUUUAAGUUUGGUCUUGAGCAAGGCAAGACGCCACCAUUUACAUUUCAGAUUUCUUCUGAUACUGAAGCUAAGCCUGCAAAGGAAGGAUUUAGCUUUUCAAUGCAAAUGCCUGCAGGUGGAUUUAAAUUUGGGAUACAGGAGUCUAGUAAAUUUGGGAUACAGGAGUCUAAUAAAAAUACCACUAAGAAAGAUGAGUCAUCCAAAGAGCAUACAACUGGUUUCUUAAAAAGCGUUGAUGAAAAAGACAAAAAGGAAUUGCCCUCAGACAGUGGAAUUGGAUUCCAAUUUCAAGAAACAGCAGACAAGGAGAAAAUUGACUUUGUUUUUGGGCAAAAUAGCAGCACUUCUACUUUUGCUGAGCUUGCAAAAAGUACUCCUAGGGAAGGUUUUCAAUUUGGCAAAAAGGACCCUAACUUCAAAGGCUUUUCAGGUGCAGGUGAAAAGUUGUUUUCUUCACAAAAUUCUAAAACAGAUCAGAAAGCAAACACCUCUGCUGACCUUAGUGAGAAGGAUGAUGAUGUGUAUAGAACAGAGGAGAGCGAUGAUAUCCAUUUUGAACCUAUAGUUCAGAUGCCUGAAAAAGUAGAACCUUUUACAGGAGAGGAAGAUGAGAAAGUGUUAUACUCCCAGAGAGUAAAGCUGUUCAGGUUUGAUCCAGAAACAAGCCAGUGGAAGGAACGUGGGGUGGGCAUUCUGAAGAUUCUUAAAAACGAAGUUAACGGCAAAGUAAGAAUAUUGAUGCGGCGUGAGCAAGUACUGAAGGUGUGUGCAAAUCACUGGAUAACAACAACAAUGAACUUGAAACAGCUGUCUGGCUCAGACAAAGCAUGGAUGUGGAUGGCCAAUGACUUCUCUGAUGGUGAUGCGAAGUUGGAGCAUCUGGCAGCAAAAUUCAAGACACCAGAGCAGGCUGAGGAGUUCAAACAGAAGUUUGAAGAAUGUCAGAGGCUACUACUAGAUAUACCACUGCAGACACCGCAUAAACUUGUUGAUACAGGUAGGACAGCUCAGCUUAUACAGAAAGCAGAAGAAAUGAAGUGUGGCUUAAAAGAUCUCAAAACUUUCCUGACAGAUGACAAAACCAAACUGUCAGAAGAGGAAAGUGGAAACCCUGCUUGUACCAGCAGUACUUCUGAUUUGGUUAUAAAGCCACAUGCUGAAAGUACAGGCCCUACUCUGGAGUGGGAUAACUAUGAUUUGCGUGAAGAAGCAUUGGAUGAUAGUGUAAGCAGUUCUGUAUAUGCAUCACCUCUUGCAAGUAGCCCUGUAAGGAAAAAUCUGUUUAGAUUUGGAGAGUCUACCACUGGUUUUAGUUUCAGCUUUAAAUCUGCUUUGAGCCCAUCCAAAUCUCCUGCCAAACAGAAUCAGAGUAGAACAUCAGUAGGCACAGAUGAAGAUUCUGAUGUUACUCAAGAAGAGGAAAGAGAUGGACAGUACUUUGAACCUGUGGUACCUCUGCCUGAUCUUGUGGAAGUGACCAGUGGUGAGGAAAAUGAGCAAGUGGUCUUCAGCCAUAGAGCCAAACUCUACAGAUACGACAAAGAUGCAAAUCAGUGGAAAGAGAGAGGGAUUGGGGAUAUCAAGAUAUUGCAGAACUAUGACAACAAACAAGUUCGUAUAGUAAUGAGAAGGGACCAGGUACUAAAACUCUGUGCCAAUCACAGGAUAACACCGGAUAUGAAUUUGCAACAAAUGAAAGGAUCUGAUAGAGCCUGGGUAUGGACUGCAUGUGACUUUGCAGAUGGGGAAAGAAAAGUGGAACAUCUGGCUGUGCGAUUCAAGCUGCAAGAUGUUGCAGACUCAUUUAAGCAAAUUUUUGAUGAAGCAAAGCAUGCCCAAGAGAGAGAGACACUGAUAACACCUCUUUCUUCUCGUGCCAAUACACCAAAGGAAUUUCCGUGUGGUAAAAAUGCUGUAGCUGUGCUAGAAGAAACAACUAGAGAAAGAACUGAUGUCAGCCAUGGUGAUGAUACUUCUGAUACAACUGUAGAGGCUGCAGAGGUGGCAAGUACUUCUGAAACACCAACAAAAACAGUGGUUUCUCCUCCAAAGUUUGUAUUUGGAUCUGAAUCUGUCAAGAGCAUUUUCAGUAAUGAAAAAUCAAAGACAUUCACAUUUGGAAAUACUUCAGCCACUGGUUCUCUCUUUGGCUUCAGUUUUAAUCCCCCAAGAAAGAGUGAAGGCCAUAUUCCAGCAUCUCAGGACACAGCACAGAAAGAGCCAGAAGGCUCUGAACCACCAAAAAUCUCAAAUGCUACUCAGAAGCCUGUAGACAGCAAGGUAGACAACUUGCCAGCUUCAUCACAAGAUGGACCGUCCAACUUCUCAUUUAGAAUUCUGGAAAAAGGAUUUAAUUUUAGCCUCUUUAAAUCUAAUCCAAUGGCCUUUUGGACAAGCACAUCCUCCAUGCAACCUGAUAGUAAAGGUAUUUUGCCCAAAGGGUACUGAAAGAGACUGCAUGAUAACUCCUUAAAUGCUGUCAAACCUGAUGAGCAAUGAGUGUGGUAAAACACUGGAACAGUGUAUUUGUUGCCAUGGCUUCUAGCUGGAUUUCUACUGCACAAAUUAAAGAAAGCACAUGUUUUUAACCAUCCAUCUAUCUGACUUGAAAGAAGUGUUUUGUUACAUUCAAAGAUAUAUUUUUGAAAAUUUUCUGAUUCUAAGGAAAGCUGCUUCUUGUUGUAGGACUAAAUGCUCAACACUUAAACCUCAGGUGAAUUUGAUGCAAACUUAGUCCAAUUAAGACACUUGCUUAACUAACCAGAAAGAAUAAAACACAUAGCAGGAUAGCUGCAUAUCUUCAUAACACACUACUAGAUGUACUUCUAAUCCUUAAUCAGCUAGGGUGACUGAGGUUUUUGGAUUCUGAGAAGAUGUAUGCAAACAUGUAUGUCUCGCAGUCAUGAUAUGAACGUAGAAAUUAGCUGUUCAGGAAUUUUAUCCUACAUGUACUUUCUGCAGGCUCAGAGAACUUACUGACAUCUAAAAAUAUGAGCAGAAAGGAUUAGUGUAGGAGAGUCUGCUGGUGAUGGGUGUGAGUUACUUUGUAGCUCUGGUGUAUAAAUGCUUGAAGUUAACAACUUGUAAACAAAGGUGGGGCAAAGACUGAAGUGGUAAUAAUCUGAAAAAAUACAUAAAUUUGAAUCAGUACUUGGGAUUUUGCUGUUACUUUACUUUAUGCUGCUCUUCAUCUACUGGAUGAUUAAAUAAAAAGUAAUGAAAGCUGCUUUUAAUAAGCAGACUUAUUUAGUGUGUUAGUUGUCUCAGAGGAUCAAAGGACUUGUCUGUAAAUGUUUCCUAUGUCCUUUUCUCCUCUUGCAAUGAUAAAUUAACCUGUAUAAUCAGAAAAAUCAAUGUUUUUCAGGAACUGGGUACUACUUUUCUACUGGCUACUGGGUACUGGUUUCUAGCUGGAUAGUUAGGUUUUCUGUGAUUACACUGUGCCACAGACUUAAAUUUUUUUUUUAAUGAAAAGCGAAGCAAGCUUUUGAGACCACCCUUCAGAUACUGACUAAAUUAAAUCUAGAGAACAAAUAAUAGACUGUUAGCAAAUAGGCUGAGGUACUGAAGCAAUCAUUUUGUUCUUAGAAACAGCUGUUGUGGCUAUUGAUGUGCUUAUGGGGUAAUUAUUAAAAAUAAUUCACAGAUUUGUUUCUUAGCCCUUUAUCCCCAACUUCCCCUUCUCAAAAUAACACAACCUAAACAAGCAGAACCCCAACCAAACCAUACCUGAUGUUUAAAUUGCUAUAUCCUCUCUUUGCUUCCAUUCUCUCAAAAUAAAUAUUUGUUUCCAAAGCUGUCUUGCAGCCAUAUGUUUUUAUCUGCAGUUUGAUCUAGCUUUACUUUCACCUUUAACCUUUGCACUGAUCAUGCACUGUUCUCAACACUGGUGGAAGGAAUAACUUAAUGUUGAAGACAAGAAGACAAAAAGUUAAAUAAUACAACUGAUGGUGAUAUUUCCAUGCUGCAAAAGCUAGUUAAAUAGUCUGAAAGCGAUGGGGUUUUUUGUUUGAUAAUGGAACUAAGAAUUACUUUACUUUUGUAACAAUCAAAGUCUUAGCAAAAGCUGUUAUGGUAAAUUUAUUAUUAGCUAACAAAAGGCUCAGCUAUCCCAUAAGUAAUCUGAAAUGUGUUCUAUUCAGUUGCUUAGACAGGUUGUUGUUCACAACUUCAUUUUUUUUCAGGCCUGAAAUUUUCUAAUUUACCUCUGUUGGUCACUCUUCUCUGUAGCUAGCUCUUAUUUGACACGAGGACUUAAUUAAACAAUCUGUUUAAUAAUAUAAAGAUGCAGCCCUGUUUCGUUUUAAUGCUUGAAUUCCAAAAGCAAUAGAACAGUCUGUAAGUUUUGCUGUUCUGUCUUUGACUCCUCUAAGUUUGUUUCCUGCCUAUCAGCAGAAAAUACAUAGGCCCUUAGAAUUAAUUCGGUUCCAAAAUAAUGUGGGGUUAAUGUUAUUUCCUGUUCUGAAAUUAUUCAGUUUUAAUUGUUUGUUCAAUUU